CCCCCCCCCCCCCCCCCCCUGACGAGUCCCCGUCUUGGCGAUGGAGGCGCGAGGCUGCCGCCAGACGGAGCUCCGUGCCCGCUACAAGCGCUGCCUCGCCCCGGCCUGGAAGCAGCAGCUCCGCGAGCGCUGUGUGACUCGCUUCAGGGAGUCGCGCUACGAUCUGUUGUCACGCUUCCGCCACCUCGCUCCACACCCCGAACAAGAUCAACAACAUCUCCCCACGUGCAGCGGCACAGGGAGCCCGGUUUGCGCUGAUGCUGGCCGAGAUGGAGGAGUUGCUUUGGCGAUGGUGAAUGCCGUGCUGCAGGAAGAGUGGGAAGCUCUGCAGAGCUCGUAUAGCAGCGGCUUUCCAGAACCGGAGGAUGCGGCGUUCGUGGAAGAACUUCGUCAAGAGCUGCUAUCCGAAGCACUGUCGUACGAGCUGGAGGAGCUGCGCCGCCUGGAUGAAGAGAUGCUGCACGAGGCGGUGGGGCGGCUGCACGACCACGAGGGCGACCUCCUGUGCCCCGCGUGUGCCCGGGGUUACGUGCAGCAGGGAGAAGCUCGCUUGACGUGUCCGUGUGGCUUGGACCUCCGCACUCGGGCCAGCGCGCCGGAGCUGCGAGCACGCCUGUGCGCCGUGAUGCACACGCACGGCCGGGUGUGCGGGUGUCGGCCCAGCUUCCAGCAGAUGGACAACACGCUGCUGGCGUUCUGCCAGGUGUGCGACUCCCUCGAGGUUGUGCUGUAGAGGGCGGCUCGGCACCGCAGAACGCCGUCCACUCUGCCCGCCACGUUGCAGCAACGGGGGGGGGGGAGAGGGAGGCAAAAGGGGAAGUCGCCUGCCCCCCCCCCACCACCACCGUGCCGCCCAACCAUCCUCUGUUAUUUUUAGAUGGUGGUUUGUAAAAAAAAUUUUAGAGAAUAAAUAAUGUUUCAAUGAAGCUGAAUGAGCUGCAGGAGCAGGUUUCGUUCAGUUCGUUUGUAUUUAAGGUCUGUAAAUACCGUGGAGUGCUGUGAUGAAAUAAUAAACGUGUACUUUUGUAAUUUGG